AUGACUUCAUCUCGUUUAUUUAAUAAUAUUGGAAGAAUUGAUAUUGGUUUAGGUAUUGCUGUUGGUGUGAUUAAUUCUAUGCUUUAUAAUGGUGUUAAACUAGAUGUUAUUGAAGAAGGAACUCAUUUUAUGAUUUCAUGGCUUCAUAGACCAAUUAUAUUUGAUGUUCGUACACGACCACGAUCUGUUCCAUCAAUAACAGGAACAAAAGAUAUAAAAGCUAGAAGAAAACAGUCAACUUCAGGAGAGGGAUGA